UUCCGGCGCGCACCACGGCAACGAAACAGCGCCGACCCCAGCAUGCACCGCGGCCCUGCAAAAACUACCGCUCCCGGCAUGCCGUGGGGCAGCGCUGCGCACUGCGCGAGGGACAAGAUGGCGGCGGUGGAGCAUGUCGUGGCGGACGCCGGGGCCUUUCUGCGCGGGGCGCCGCUCCAGGACUUCGGUAGAAACGUUUACACUGUUAAGGAGGUGGUCAGUGAAAUCCGGGAUAAGGAAACCAGGAGGCGAUUGGCCGUGCUGCCCUAUGAGCUUCACUUCAAACAGCCCUUCCCUGAGUACGUUAAACUAGUGACAGAAUUUUCAAAAAAGACGGGUGACUACCCUAGUCUGUCAGCCACAGAUCUUCAGGUGCUAGCCCUGACCUACCAGUUGGAAGCAGAGACUGUUGGGGUGGCUCAUCUGAAGACAGAGCCAGAAAAAAAGGUUCAUCUGAGCUCCACCAUACAGCAUCCAGAGGCUCCUGUUCAUGUUGCUGGGUUCCACCUGCCUUCCAAGUCCAAGCACCUGGAGGAAGAUGCGUGUCUGUCUGCAUCUGAAAGUGGCCUGCGUGCAGCAGCAGAGGAGAGGCCAGAGUUCGGCUCCUUCCUGUACUGGAGGAACCCUCUGCCCAGCAUUGAAGGGGCCUUGCAGGAGCUGCAGAAAGCUGACACCGUUUCCAUUAGCCCAGAGGUACCGGCGCGUCUCCAGUCUGGGGAGGAUCAGGAAAGUGCUGGGGAGGAUGGAAGUGAAGGGGACAGUGAUGACGAUGAAGGCUGGAUAACUCCCAACAACAUCAAACGGAUCCAGCAGGGUAUGGGGCAUGGCGAUGCUUCUGCCAACGUGCAGGUCGGCUGCGUGACCACAGACUUUGCCAUGCAGAAUGUUCUGCUCCAGAUGGGUCUCCAUGUGCUGGCAAUGAAUGGCAUGCUGAUCCGGCAAGCCAGAAGCUACAUCUUACGCUGUCAUGGCUGCUUCAAGACAACGUCCGACAUGACCAAGGUCUUCUGUCCGCACUGUGGCAACAAGACACUGAAAAAGGUUGCAGUAAGCGUGGGCGCUGAUGGCACCAUCCACAUGCACUUGUCUCGCAACCCAAAAGUCCUGAAUACACGAGGGCUUCGGUACUCGCUGCCCACUCCCCAAGGGGGGAAACACGCCAGCAACCCCCACUUGGCUGAGGACCAGCACUUUCCUCAGCAGCGGCUUUCCCGGAAAGCAAGGCAGAAAACCAAUGUCUUUGACCCGGAUUACAUUGCAGGGGUUUCUCCCUUCGCAGAAAACGACAUCUAUAGCCGUGCAGCCAACCUGCAGAUCCGGGAUGCAGCUCUGGGUGCGGGCCGGCGGCGCAUGAAUCCCAACGCAGCGACCAAAAAGUUUGUGAGGAAGAGAUGAAGGGGAGGGGACCCCGCUGUGAUCUGGCUGCAUCAUGAGGAAAGGGCUGUUGACUCAGGGCAAUAAGCAAUGCCACAUUUUCAUGUCUGGUCUCAGAAGGAUAAGAAUUGUCACAGGGCAAUUCCAAAGCUUGCUGUGCUGGCUGGAUUCAGAGGGGGUUUGGGCCACUGCUUCUAUGCUCAGCCAGCCAUCUAACGAGCCAGGAGACACCUGUGGCUGAGCAGCAGCAUUGAGCCUGGUAAGUGAUUAGCUGAGAUGAGGAUGCAGAGCUGCAGGAGGAAAGAAGGUGGGACUUCAUCAAACUGGAUCUGGAACACAAACCUGGCUGUUAUCCACUCCUGCUGCUUCUCCCAAGCUGUAUAACCACGCCUGGCACUUCAGCAUUUUUAAUAAAGAAGGGAAUUGCA